AUGCCACUCGAUCCUACCAAAGCAACUUCUUAUUUAGAAGAUUACGAAAAGAAAGAUGGUCUUAGCAUCAAAGAAUUGAUUGACUCUACUAAUUUUGGUGGUUUGACUUAUAAUGAUAUCUUGAUCUUGCCUGGUUUUAUAUCCUUCCCAAGUUCGCAAGUCAAUUUGGAAAGUAAGCUCACAAAGAAAAUUACUCUUAACUCGCCAUUUGUUUCUUCGCCUAUGGAUACCGUUACCGAGGAGACAAUGGCUAUCCACAUGGCCUUAUUGGGGGGUAUUGGUAUCAUUCAUCACAAUUGUACAGCUGAGGAGCAAGCAGAGAUGGUUAAAAAGGUUAAGAAGUACGAAAACGGGUUUAUCAAUGACCCAGUUGUCAUUGCACCAAAUGUCACUGUUGGCCAAGUGAAAGAGAUGAAGAAGAAUCUAGGUUUUACAACAUUCCCUGUAACUGAAAAUGGAGUUGUUGGGGGAAAGUUGUUGGGUAUUGUUACUUCUCGUGAUAUCCAGUUCCAUGAGGAUAAUAAUGAGACAGUUUCAGAAGUUAUGACAAAAGAUUUAAUUACUGGUAAACAGGGAAUUACAUUAACAGAAGGUAAUGAAAUCUUGAGAAAGUCUAAGAAGGGGAAAUUACCUAUUGUUGACUCUCACGGAAACUUGGUAUCGUUGAUCUCUUUGACUGAUUUACAGAAAAAUCAAGAAUAUCCAAUUGCAUCUAAGUCCUUUGAUUCGAAACAAUUAUUGUGUGGUGCAGCAAUUGGUACAAUGGAAGCUGACAGGAAGAGGUUAGAAAAAUUAGUCGAGGUUGGUUUAGAUGUAGUUGUUAUUGACUCAUCGAAUGGUUCAUCGAUAUUUCAAAUUGAGAUGCUUAAAUGGAUUAAAUCAACAUACCCUAAUUUGGAGGUCAUUGCAGGUAAUGUGGUCACUAGGGAACAAGCAGCUUGUUUGAUUGAAGCUGGUGCAGAUGCCUUGAGAAUCGGUAUGGGCUCUGGUUCAAUUUGUACUACUCAGGAAGUUAUGGCUUGUGGUAGACCCCAAGGUACUGCUGUUUAUGGUGUGACCGAAUUUGCUAAUAAAUUUGGUGUGCCUUGUAUUGCCGAUGGUGGUAUUGGUAGUAUUGGUCACAUCUCCAAAGCUUUGGCUUUGGGUGCCUCGUGUGUCAUGAUGGGUGGUUUGUUGGCUGGUACUGCUGAGACUCCCGGUGACUAUUUUUAUAGAGAUGGCAAAAGAUUAAAGAGUUAUAGAGGUAUGGGCUCGGUGGCAGCCAUGCAACAAACAAGCAUAAACGCAAAUGCUUCUACAUCAAGGUAUUUCUCAGAGUCAGACAAGAUGUUUGUGGCUCAAGGUGUCAGUGGGUCUGUUGUAGACAAGGGAUCAAUCACCAAGUUUGUCCCAUAUUUGUACAAUGGUUUGCAACAUUCUUUACAAGAUAUCGGUAUAAAAUCUAUUAAAGAGUUGAGGGAAAAAGUUGAUAGCGGAGACGUUAGAUUUGAGUUCAGAACAGCUUCUGCUCAAUUGGAGGGUGGUAUAAACGGAUUGUACUCAUACGAAAAACAAUUGCAUAAUUAA